AUGGAGCCCCAAUAUCUGUGCUUUGACAAAUGGCUCUCUGAUACGGAUGUCGAUCGCAAUCUGGAAAUACCCAAGGGGGCACGUUUUUUGCCGGAUGGAAAUGGGAUCAUGCUUGUAACUGACCGAGAUGGAAACACAUAUGAAUUCAUAGCAUCAGUGAGGGCUGAUGGUAGGCGUUCUCUGACACGCGAAUGGCACGCUUUUGCCAAGCGUCUUCGACCGGGUGAGUUGCUAAGGGUUUAUCGG